AUGAAAACAUGGCGGAUGUGUCAAACGGAUAUAUACAACUAACUCGAGGCACGUGUAUAUUAUUAAAGCCCUGGUGAAUUAUUGUGAACAGUUUAUCACGACGGUUCGGUUUUGUUGCACGGGUGCAGGUUGCUGUUUUGAGUUAAACGAUUUGAGUUUAUUUUUUGUGAUCAGUGUGAGGCGGACUCGAACCGGCGGAGAGCUGAUGGUGGGGAGCUGCAGCAGCCUGGACGAACACGGUGCUGAUGUGCUGCUCCUCUGACAGCUGUGCUUGGAAACCUUGUUAAUGGGGGUUCCCUGCAAAAAUAACACAGAGGAACCAAAUAAACAGAAUAACCACAUGGACGGUGGAGCCAGUGGUGACUUGAAUGGAGAUGCACUAAGGGCCAAAGUUCUUCAAGACUCUAAUAUUAAAAGUAACGCAUUAGAAGAGAACCAAGAGAUGCACGAAGGACAGACAGCCGCCAGCUCUCAGGGUCCCCCUGAUACUGAACAAGUGGUUUUACCACCACGGAAAAGGGGGCGUCCAAGAAAAAUAAUAAACAUUGACAACAAUGGUCCAGCACAAAUAAAGUCUACCACUAGUGAAGCACCUGUUAAUCACGACAGCCCUAUCAUUCCAGAAAGCCCUGAGAUGACACCAAGUGGACGCCCAAAGAGAAAAGCUGCCAAAGUUGCUCUGGAGUACCUUCACAAUAUUAGCAAAGAUCUUGAACAGUCUGAAAGUUCCUCCACAAAGAAAGAGCAAAAUGGACUGGACCGGUCAAGCAGUCCUACUCCGAGAAAACCCUCAGGAACAAGGAGAGGGCGGAAAAGGAAAGCUCCAGACAAUGAUGGCGAUCAGAGGGACGAUGCUGACUUUGACCCAGGGGACCACGGAGAGGUGGAAAGUGAGGAAGACGAGGAUGAAGAAGAAGAAGAUGAAGAAGUAGAAGAGGAUGACGAUUUGGUGUCGUGUAAACAACAGUCUAAAGUAAAGAGGCUGCCAUUUCACCACAAAAGGAUUGGAAGGAAUGGGCUUUCCAGCUGUGCCAUGCAACCGAUUUGGUCGUCCUUCAGAAACACCAAAGAAUUCCGUGAUAAGCAUUCCUCCCCAUGGGUGUUUCCGGAGUGGAUUCCUUCAGUCAGUGACUGGCAUAUAUUGUCUUUCAGGGAGGCUGAAAAAUAUUUACCCCAGGAGAAGGAGUCGAUGGCUUUUACAUUAUGCCGCGAGGGAAUCGAGGGACCGGGAACACUCCAGAGGGUGAAAAGGUUUGAAUCCACGUCACCGAAUGCAGAAAGAUGGGACUCUCUGUUCUUCGUUGGAGGCCCCGUCUGGGCCAUGGAGUGGUGUCCUAUCCCUGAAGGUGCUGAACAUAUCCAAUAUGCUGCUGUUUAUUGCAACCGCAAUAUGGACGACCGACACAAAAUGAACAAACUUCACACAGAACAGGUUCUCCUCCAACUGUGGGAUCUGGGCAAGCUACAAAUGAGUAGACCAUUGUCAUCCCCGCGAUUAGCCUAUGCCCUGGCAGUGGAUGAUGGUUGCAUCUGGAACAUGAAGUGGUGUCCUGCAGGAGCCUGGGAGCUUCCUACAACUGCCAGAAAGGCCCCACACGUGCCUCGACUGGGACUGCUAGCUGCAGCGUUUUCAAAUGGAAACAUUGGAGUUUACAGUCUGCCACACCCAGAGCAUCUAAAAGCCCAAAAUCAACCUACAGGAGAAAGCAGCCAGGCACCACAGAUAUACCGGGUGCAGCGCAUCAUGACUGUGAAGGUCGGCUCAAGCCAGGCAGAUCGCAACGGCCAAAGUGGACUGUGUUUUGCCCUCGACUGGCUCCCAGUUAAACCACACAACAUCCUGGCUGCAGGCUUCUCUGAUGGUCUGGUGGCUUUGUGGAAUCUGAGCACCAAGUCUCCCUUGCUUAGGGUCAGAUCUAUGGACAGAUCUCUCUCUCUGUACCCGUACCACUGCUUCUUGGCUCAUGACGACACCGUUCGCCGCCUCAGCUGGUGCAGGGCCUCAAGUGAGUUGAUGGUGACAGUAGGGGAUGAUCGCAUGGUUAAACUGUGGAACUUGGCUAAGACCUGCGCUCCCCUUAAGGCAAUAAAACGCUUCCUGCCUACCGACGUGUCAUGGCCUCUCUUUUGGCCAGGAAUUUUUCUCACCCAGGAGUCUUGCUAUGCCACGCUGUCCCAACAAGGACUCCACUACCUUGACUCAGGUUACUUCGGUUAUAAGGCUUUAUUAGUUUGUACAAGGAAAGCUACGAUAUGGAGUUUUUCUGUGUCCGACUGGAUGAACUCCUGUGUAAUCGGGGACAACAUUGGAGAUUUUGUUUGCUCUCUGCUGUGUGACCCAAACUGCAACCACAGCAACAGCAGGAAACAUCGAUUUCCGGUGUACAGGACGGAGAUGGUACAGUUUGAGCCUGGGCAGAGAUUCGAGGAAGUUCAGCUAAAAGACGAACAGGAGAAAGAGCAUGACUCAACCCAGCAUGAGCCCCAAACCUACAGAGGGGCUGUGCGGAAAUACUACCUCCGCUUCCAUGACAUGGACCUUAGGGGUUUUAAAAAAUAUAAUCAGAAGCCUAUAGUGAAGGAACUGCAUGCCUCAGAGACUAAAGGCCUGCUUUUGAUAGAUCAGAUGCCUCUGAAUGCACUCUACAAGGUGUGCUUCAAUCCAAACAUGGGUGCUCAUGGCUGGGUGCUGUCAGCUGGCCAGUCGGGGCUCGUGCGUGUUCACUGUGUUAGUGGCCUGGAUGGUCCUGUUACGCACAAACUCGUUCACGAGGCCCAAGCCCAGUUUAGCGCCAUGUUCUGCUCUCAGGAAAAAGACACAUCCGCUACCACUGUCCACCAGUGCACUGCAGAGACGGUGCAAGUGCCCUAGAUGCUCUGAACUAAGCCAUGUAAAUACACUUGAUCAACUGAUAUAGGCUUUAUGGUGUGGGACAUAAAUCAGUUUUAAAAAAAAAAAAAACUAAUUUAUUUUGGAGACGGGAAAAGAUCCAUGCUAUUUUGAUACAGAUUGUAGAUUAUGGAAGCUUGUCUGUUUUAUAAUAUGUGCACUUUGUUUUUAUUAUCAAUCGCUGUGUCCUCCAGUGACAUAGCAAAAGAAUUGUGGAUGAACAUCAACAGCAUUUUUGAGCUGCUAUAGAGUUUUUCUUAAAUGAAGACUUUUGAUCUAGGUUUGCUUUUAUUUAUAUGCAAAUGUCUCUGCAUUUUCUAUAACAUGUUU